AUGUUGCUUUGGGGAGCUUUCGCAGCGCUGCUCGCCAGUGUAGUGGCCGAGCCCGGCUGUAACAACUGCACCAACGAGUCGACCGAUCCCUACGUGCUCGUCCCGGCACCAUGGACGCUGAAGGGAACCAUCUAUUCGACAUUCCUCCUGCCCGGUCUUGGGGUUCCGCUCGACCUCACCCUACCCAACAAGACGUUUCCUCCCCUCGAGCGCCAGUAUCCAAAUUCGACUGCGGGCACGUAUGUAGGAGAGAUCGGCAUCAUUCAACUCGUCCGCUACACCGAGUCUCCUGUUGGACCCUAUGAUGAGAUGUUCAUCGUUCCCGGAUUCUACGACUACCAGAGAGGGGGCAAGACAGAGAGGAAUCUGAGGAUUAGCAGAAUCUAUGUCAGCCAGAAGUACAGUGUCUGGAAUGCGCGCUCGAGUAAGUCAGGUCUACGCCCUCUUCCAGACGAAGGCUAAUACGGACUGCUUCGAACAGCCUGGAACCAGCCCAAACAUCUCGCCCGCUUCAAUUGGACAUCCAAUGCAGAUGGCGGCGAAUCUGUCAAGGUCUAUCCGUUCGACACCACCGGCGAUACAACUGAAUCUGGACCUUCAGAGAAGCCAUGGUUCCAGAUGACCUUCUCUCCCCUUCUCCCGGAGAACCUGGUCGACAUUGAGCUUCCAGGCCUUCUCAGCCUCAAGACUGGCGACCUCAACCCGAAGAUUCCGUUCUCGUCGGCCCUCUACGGCCUUUUGGGGAUCAAUGCGACGCUGACACAACCUCCGCUCCCAACCCACAAGGACGCGUUCGGCGCGCUGGUCAACGGUGGACCAGUCUGGAAGGAUGUUGUGCCGGGAGAGUACAGUAACAAGACCAUCCUCGGCACGAUGAACAUGGACCAGACUGGCGGCGACGGAGAAGAGACGGGGGUGAAUGCGGUGGGCGACGAGUUCUUCCAGAACUUCUGGCCCGGUGUUCUGCCCCGUACGGUGGGAUUGAAGAUGGAGGAGAGCACGCUUACGUUUAGCGAGGCGGUCGCAUUCGAGCCGUGAGAUGGGCCGAGCCGAGCAAUACCGAGCCGAGCCGAGCCGAGCCAUGCCGCUUUCAUGUGAUGUUACCGUAUCUGUUAGUAAUCGAGCAUCGUAAUUACAUGUACUCUUCGGAAGCAGACCAGCGUUGAGGCAAACAGUAUUCAACGAAGCGGCACACUGCCUGCCCCUUACCAAUCUUUCCACGGCAUCUCAGGUAUUCAGCCAGUGUUUGGGUUACAACGCCACAUGUACGACACGAAGAGUUGA